GCACAACACAGCAAGCAGUAGAACCUGCAUGCACUCAUCAUACCACUCGUAGCGGAUUCUACCUCGCGCAAGGCGCGCCAUCCCCUCGCUCCGCGUCGGGUGCGGUGAUGAGGGAGCGCGACCGUUGGGUUUCCCGGCGGUGCAGCGGUGCAGCUGGGGUUGAAUGUUUUUUAACUUGAGGCUGCGCCGCUGCUGGCCUUCGCCAGGCAACGUGCGGCGGAAUAUUUUUUCGUGUCAAUUUACCAACCGUUACAUUUUUCGUGUCAAUUUGCCAACCGUCACUUUUUUUGGUGUCAAUCUAUCUCAUUCCAAAAUUUUCGUGUCGAUUUAACGUGGGAACCCAGGAUCCUUUCACAGAGACACACAUCAACAGCUCCACAUACAUGCCCUCGCCCGAAUCUAGGAAGACACUAAAAGCAAAGACAGGAGGACAGCGAAAAGGGGCACUUCAAGCCCAAACAGCCCAGGAUAUCGUGGGAUUAAUCUCUUUUGACGCUUCGGAGAUCUCGUGCUGCGCUUCGCUCGUAUACCAGCCUCUCUGCCCUCGUGCGCACCUCGCCAGCGGCGCGGUCUCAGCAGCGGCCGACAUCACCGUAGCCGUCAGCUCGGCGGCGGUCUCUCCCUUUGGCCGCCUGAGCGCCGUGGGCAGAGGGCGGCUGGAGGCCCUGUUUUGGAAUGUAGGGCCCGGCCCCCGACCCCGGGGUUUGGGUGUUAUCGCGGAUGCUGGUUCUCUCGAAGCAAAUGGGUCGGUGAGUCUCCUAAACUCCGCCCCUACUCACUUGGAGCCACCCGCAGAGUCCACACCAACACACGCCCGACACACUCGAAUGACUCCAUCCGCCGCCAUGCAAGGUCGGCUUCGGGAGAGGGAGAGUCCUUUCCCGAUGAUCCCUGUCGAUGAAGCCAUCGGAGAGGUGCUGAAGCAAGCGACUCCGCUCGAGGCGGUAACUCUCAGGCUGGCCGACAUUCCUCUGGGGAGCGUUUUGGCAGUGGACGUGACCGCUCCGGAGCCGCUGCCCCCGUUCCCAGCGGCAACCAUGGAUGGAUACGCCGUUGUGGCCUCGGAUAGGGAAGGAGUGCUAGAGGUGGUCGGACGUAUCACAGCCGGAGUCGACCCGGACUCCAUACAAGUAUCAACAGGGCAGUGCGCGUACAUAACCACGGGCGCGAAGCUCCCCAAAGGAGCAGACGCGGUCGUAAAGGUGGAGGACACGGCUGCAGUGGACGGCGAGGACCCGACGGCCUUCAGCGCGGAGGAGAAGUCGGUGCGAAUCUUGAAAGGGGUGCGGGCGGCGCAGAGCGUCCGUCCAGUGGGACACGAUAUCACAGAGGGGGCGACGGUAUUGCGGGCCGGCGAGGUCAUACAAGCUGCUGAGAUUGGACUGCUGGCUACGGUAGGGGUGGCUGACGCGCCCGUUAUUCCGCGUCCGAGAGUUGGCGUGAUGUCUACGGGGGACGAGCUGGUGGAGCCCGGGGAUAAGAUUUCCGGCGGUUUCAUCCGCGACAGCAACAGAGCCACCCUCCUCGCGGCGGUGGCUUCGAUGGGUGGGGUGCCCGUGGACCUGGGGAUUGUUAAGGACAAGGAGGCUACGCUCAAGGGUGCCGUGGAAGCGGCCCUGGAGCAAUGCGACGUGCUGGUCACCUCCGGAGGGGUCUCCAUGGGGGAGGCCGACCUGCUUAAGCCCAUCCUCGAGUCGCUAGGGACGGUUCACUUCGGGCGAAUCCGCAUGAAGCCCGGCAAGCCUACGACCUUCGCGACGACGGCCGGGGGAGGCGGCGACGACGGCGGCGGCGGCGGCCCCACCCGGCCCCGCCUGAUCUUCGCCCUCCCGGGGAACCCGGCGAGCAGCCUGGUGUGCUCGCACCUGUUCGUGGCGCCCGCGCUGCGAAGAAUGCGGGGCUACGCCCUUCCUGAUUGCAUGCCAGCGCAGGUGGACGCGCGUUUGACUGCCCCCGUGCGACUAGACUCCGUCCGGCCGGAGUACCACCGCGCGUUGGUGUCCUGGAACAGCAUCGCGGGCCGUUUCGACGCGGCUAGCACGGGCAACCAGAUGAGCUGUAGGUUACUAUCCAUGAAGUCGGCCAACGCGCUCCUGUGCGUGCCCCGGGGGGAAGGCGAGCUGGCAGCGGGACAACAUCUCCCCGCCAUCCUGAUCGGCGAGCUUCCCCCUCCGUCGGGUAUCGGCUGCUUCCACGCGAAGGCGGUCGCCCUGGCUACGGGAAAGACACCAUCGCCGGUGUCGCCGCUCGCCGCCGCCGGGGAUAACGGUCCCGGUGGCGUCGGCGGACCCACGGGGUACGUGUCUUUCCCGCCCUCGCCGCCCGCAGAACGCCAGAAGGGGGGGGCAGUAAAGUGUGCGACAAACGGAGGGGGGGGGGUAUCGCCGCCGGCGCCACCUGGCGAGUGUGGAAGUGCGUGUUGCCAAGGGCACAGCAAUCAUGGAAACACGCACGGGAAGGGGUCCGGGGCCCGCAGGACUCACGUGAACGCUUGCUUGCUGACCGUCAGCGACCGCGCCUCGCAGGGGGUUUACGAAGACCUCAGCGGCCCGGCCAUGAGACAGGUCCUGGAAAACAAGGAACUGGCUUUUGACACAACCGUGGUGGACACCCUCGUUGUUCCUGACGAGCCGGAAGAAAUUCAGGCCGCGGUGAAGAAGUGGUGCGACGACUCAUCGAUAGACCUGGUCCUGACUUCGGGGGGCACUGGGUUCGGGCGCCGAGACCUCACGCCGGAAGCCAUUCGCCCCCUGCUUCACAGGGAAGCGCCUGGCGUCGUGCACGCGAUCUACCAGGGCGGUCUCAAGUUCACCCCGCUGGCGGUGCUGUCCCGCCCGGUGGCGGGCACCCGGAAUAACACCCUCGUGGUGACCCUGCCGGGCAGCGUGAAGGCGGUGAAGGAGAACCUGGGGUCGUUGGUGCCGCUGCUGCCGCGCAUAGUGAACCUUCUCAAGGGGAACCCCUGCUGACAUGAAGGGGUUUCGAUGAACACAAAAGAAGGAGACGCAUGAUGCUGAAAGGGUCUGCUGUGCGUGCGAGGUGUUUUGCCCGGAAGCAUCAUCGCACCGGUGCGCGGACGGAACGACGACGACGACGCCACGCCCGAUAAUGGUGUUGUAAGACUCUAGAAGAAUCGCGUUCGAGUUUGUGGGGUCUUCCCAGCUUAAGCGCGCGUGAGGUGGGAGGUGACGGGCCUGCUAAGGCGGAUUUUGGCUCAUGAACGUUCAGCAGCGUUUGUUUUCGUGCGUUGCACGGGGAGGGACGGCUGCCGGGGAUGUCAAAAUUUCGAGGAGCAACGGAUUUGGGGGUGGGCUUGGUGGGGGGCCAUGUUGCCGUCUGUGUCCAAUUAAUUGAAAAGUGUGGGACUUGUGUUGACGUGUGUGUUGGGGUGGUGGUGUGUUGUCUCUCUCUCCGGUUAGGGCUCGUAGAAUUAAGUGUCCUGUGAUGUAUCGAUGCACGAUCUGUAUCAAAGGCUUCGUGUCCCAUCAGACAAGCCGAGCGACGUACCGCAGGGAACGAAGGGCGCUUUGGCGCCAGCUACAUCAGCCCCCCACGGCCAAGAAGGGUAUAUAUACUGUGUAUGGUGCCUUGCGUUGAAGCCAGCUCUCGAGCCGUCAUUGCCGUGGCAAUUUUUUUUGUCGACAGGUGUAAAAAGCAUCCGCAUGCUUUUCGUGUAUUCGUUAUUGUUGGAAGUAAAUACAGGCCGGAGGUUUUGGGUCGACGGGGUUUCGCACUUUCGCGCGCAGUUUUGUCCCCACGUAGACCAAUUUUUAAUGCAUUUGUGCGGUUUCCGCCGAAAACUUGGAGUACACUUGAAAAAGAAGGUCACCACCAUGGAACAGCCUGGAAGCAGCACGGAAACUUCCGUACUCGAUAAGGUUGGAACAGUCUGCGGGGAAGGAGCACGGCGUAUAGUGUCUCGGAGGUUGGCAACCGCGUGCCUUUCGCAGCAGCCAGCGGUGUCGUGGGGAUCAAAGUCGAACGAGGGCGGAAUCCUCCUUGGGUGUGGGAUGGUGCAAUGCGAU